AGGCGCAGCUCCCAAGCACUGAUUUCCAAGCCCCACACACACGAAUAGCAAGGUUUUCACAGGAUAAUGUGUGAAUGUGGGAGCGCAGAGGCAGAGGGGAGCCAGCAGCCUGCACAGCAGCCGUGGCAAGCCGCCUUCAUCCCCCAGGCUCUCUGAACACGAUGUCCACACCUCCUGCCAGCAAUGGUGUAUUUGUCGUCAUCCCGCCCAGCAACGCCAGUGGCCUCCGUCCGCCUCCAGCCAUUCUGCCCACCUCCAUGUGCCAGCCUCCAGGGAUCAUGCAGUUCGAAGAGUCACCGCUGGGGGCGCAGGCGCCCAGGGCCACCCAACCACCUGACCUAAGACCAAUAGAGACCUUCUUGACCGGAGAGCCCAAAGCUUUAGGGACCGUGCAGAUCCUGAUUGGCCUCAUCCACCUUGGCUUCGGCAGCGUCCUGCUCAUGGUCCGACGAGGUCACCUGGGGAUGCUUUUCAUCGAAGGUGGCGUCCCCUUCUGGGGAGGAGCUUGCUUCAUCAUCUCUGGGUCCCUCUCGGUAGCAGCUGAGAAAAACCACACCAGUUGCCUGGUGAGGAGCAGUCUGGGAACCAACAUCCUCAGUGCCAUGGCAGCCUUCGCUGGGACAGCCAUUCUUCUCAUGGACUUUGGAGUCACUAACUGGGAUGUGGGCAGGGGCUACCUUGCUGUGUUGACCAUCUUCACCAUCCUGGAGUUCUUCAUCGCUGUCAUCGCCACCCACUUUGGGUGCCAAGCCACCCGUGCCCAAACUAAUGCGUCUGUGAUUUUUCUACCCAACGCCUUCGGCACGGACUUCACCAUCCCCAGCCCAGCAGUCUCUCCACCCCCUGCCUAUGACAAUGUGGCAUAUAUGCCCAAGGAGUCAUCGGAGUAGUAGAUCGCAGCUCCGCGUCUGCAGGACGGAGUCCAGGCUUCCCACUCUACCCAGAGUUCCUCCACCCUCACUUUAUUCGUUCUGAGGCAGCCCUUCCACAACCAGGCUCUCUAAGUCACAUACACUGUGUCACCGAGUGAUGUGUUCCACCAGUUUUCCAUGUCCUCCAAUAGUUUCUUUCUAAAAGAGACAAAAGACUAAUGUCCAGGGUGCCCAGCCCCGUCGCCUGACAUAGAUGUCCCCUGGGUCCCUCUGCGCUGCCCUCGGCUCAUCGUGGAAAAUCUUGACAUCACGGAGGUUUCACAGGCUUGCCUUCAAGAAGGUCAUUAAGCACCGAGAACUCAGAAUGUUCCAGAAGAGACUGGCUUUUCCGAGGCUCUGGUUUGACCACAGAGCGAAGCAGUGAACCUGACCUCCAGACUCCUGGCUCCCAAGACCAGCUCUGUUCUUGUCAUCUUCUGUUACAUCCUUGGGUUUUAGUUUUCCCAUCUGGAAACUUCAGUGCUGAACUACAUAAUCACAAAGCCAACCCAACACCUCUGGGCUCCCCGGGGUCCUUGGGUCUAAGCCAGGUAUUGCCCCCCCCCCCCAAGAACCUCCUUUUUCUUAUUUUUAGUAGGACUCUGGCCCUUUCUACAAGCUAGGACAGGAGGUUGCAGAGGAGAUUGACUGACUCUUGCACCGAGGUCACCAUCAACAGGUGCACGGGAAAGUCCCCUCACUAACCCUCCUGUAUCCAUACCCCACCCCUGCCUGAAAAGCAAGAGUGUCCCUGAGAGUUACCACGGGGACAGGGCUGGGUCCCCACAGGAAUAAAACAUCUUCAGCCCAGUGUUCAUAGGCCCUGGCAUAUGGCUUGUUUUGUCCAUACUGUGGAGAAAAAUAAACAGUAUGGCUUAGAUUUUGA